UCUUCUACAAGUGCCAAACCCUCUUCUACAAGUGUCAUUACCUCUUCUACGAUCACUCCUACCGCAAGCACUUAUGACCCAUGUGAUUCCUCGACUCUUGUGUCUUCUACAAGUGCCAAACCCUCUUCUACAAUCACUCCUACCGCAAGCACCUAUGACCCAUGCGAUUCCUCGGCUCCUGUGUCUUCUACAAGUGCCGGACCCUCUUAUGCAGUCACUCCUACCGCAAGCACAUAUGACCCAUGCGAUUCCUCGGCUCCUGUGUCUUCUACAAGUGCCAAACCCUCUUCUACAAUCACUCCUACUGCAAGCACCUAUGACCCAUGCGAUUCCUCGGUUCCUGUGUCUUCAUCUCCCCUCGCCAGUUCCUCGAUGAACUCGAUGAAAAAGCGUCAGUUUGGCUCCUCGUAUGCACCCACCUUUGGAUUUGGCAGUCCAACGACUACUGUCACUACUUCAUCCACUCAUGCCGGGACUAGCACUGCUUUCCCCACGAGCGUAGUGAGUUCUUCUGCCAGUAGUCCUGCAUCAAUUGUUUCUACAAGUGCCUUGGCGAGUUCCUCUGUCACUUCCACUCCUGCGACCACCUUUGGCUUUGGCACUACUUCGAGUACUUUGGCGAGCUCUUCUGUCGCUUCUACUCCCGCGACCACCUUUGGCUUUGGUACUACUUCGAGUACUUUGGCGAGCUCUUCUGUCGCUUCUACUCCUGUGACCACCUUUGGUUUUGGCACUUCUACAGGUACCGGUGUUGCUUCAACCACUCCCGUUGUAUCCACUGGCACUGGCACUGGGCUUCUCACUUCCUCAGCCCCUCUUGUGACGCCUGCACCAGCUACCACUACCGGCGCGAAUAAUGUUUCCACUGUGAUCGUUGUGACCACCGUGGUUGUUACUGUUACGGCUAAUGGUACGGCUGUAUCCAGCAUUUCUCCAACGGCGACGAGUGCGGGAUUGAACGGAACUGUAACAUCCACUAUCCCUACCGUUACACAAACUCCACUUGCUGCAUCCUCUGCUUCGCCAUCUCCUUCUUAUGCCCCAACCACUACCAUUAACUUGAACAGUCCCUCCGCCACUCAAAGUGCAAGCGCCACCACCAUUAACUUGAACAGUCCCUCCGCCACUCAAAGUGCAAGCGCCACCACCAUUAGCUUGAACAGUCAUUCCGUCACUCAAACUGCAAGCGUCAGAUCCAGCGCUGCAUCAUCUCCCAUUAUUUCUGGAUCACCGGUCGUCCGGAUCGGUGCAACAUCUUCAUCCGCGGUGGUUUCUUCUUCGACUGCUUCAUCUCCAUUCAAUUUUAUCUCGGCUUAUUGAAGAGCGGGUGGGUUGUGUUAAUGAUGGAUUUUGAUGAUGGAUUAUAGGACUCUAUGGAACCCGGGACACUAGCUCAUAUACCUAUACGCUGUAUCAAUUAGCUGUUAUACUUAGUUGUGCGAUGUAUCGCUAAUAUGUAGUUCAAGAUGCAGGACGUCUUAUAAUAUUGUU